AUGGUGCUACUGCCAUGAUAACUUUAAAUGAAACAAACCUAAAAAAAAUAGAAGUAAUACAAACAAAGUACCUUCGCUACAUUUACGGCUUCAGCACACGUAGACCAAAUAGCCUGCUGCUUCAAAUUGCAAAUGUCCCUACUAUAAAAAUUAGAAUUAUUGCACUUGCAAGAAAAUGGCUCCAAAACGUGGAAGAACAUAAUAAAGGCAUCAAAAACUACUUAAUAAACAAAGUCAACUAUUACCCCACGUUUGACAGAAUACCAACCCCCAUUCAAUUAAUAAACGAUAGUACGUAGAUAAAAUUUUCGGAAUAAAUUCAUAAAAAAUAAAAUAAAAUAAUAAAAUGAGAAACUGAAAAUAGCAACAAAGAAUUUCUGAAAAGGAACAAAGAGAAAAAUCUAGCAAUUAUACAAAGCCAAACCACCGCCUCCAUCCCUGCAUUUCUACAUUUCUACUUCUUCUUCUCCACCUUAUCCCUCUUCACUGCCCUUCACUCUUUACCAACGAGGUACAUCAUUACACGACUCAUCCUACUUCCUCCACCAAACCGAGCCAACAAAUAACAUAAAAAACAUCAAAAUAAAUGAAAUCGAGUAAACACAUAAAACAAAUGGAUGAAGUGGACAAUAAAUGUCCUGACCAUCCCGUGCCCAGCGCACAAACCACUACACACAUGGUCAGUUACGAUCAAACAAUUCGUGUAGCAAAGCCGACCGUCAUUGGUAAAAGCUAAGCUAAUUUCCGUCUAAAAAUGAUAAAGGGUAUAUACCGUUGCUGUCUCCAAUUUAACGCGUACUCUAAUUUAACGCUUAGCCUGAUUUUUGCGAUAAAACGAAAUUAAUUUUAUUUUAAUUAUUAACGCGUAGCAAGAAUUCCAAGUAAUUAAUUUUCAAUUAUUAGGGAAGAGUCAAAAAUCGAUUUUCUUCGAAAAAAACGUCAUUUCGACGUUCUAUCUUCAAAACACCCUCCCUAACAGAAACGUCACACUAAUUUUCGAUAUUUCCCAAAUGCAUAUCUACCAUUUUCCAGCAUCUUUGCGUUCUAUAUGUUUCGCUGUGCGAAGCCAGUUAGGAUCAACCCGUAUUCGAGGGAUCCCUCAAAUGCGGUAUCCCUAGCUAGUCGCAUAUGCUAUCACUCAAAUGAGGGAUCCCUCAAAGAACGGAUGUUGUUGUUUACCAAAUGAGCAACUACACUAUUAUUGAAAAGUCGAUGUUCUGACUGAUAGCCAACAAUGUUUCUUUAUAAAAUUCGUGUUCUGGUUCCAUGAUCACAAAAAUAAAUAGAUUAUUGAUCGAUGUGAAGCACGUCUCAUUACCACUGUAUGCACUCCUUUCAGUUUUUUAGAGUAAAAUAUAAUGCCUAAAAGAAAACUCAGAAAGAGCAAUGUGGCGGCAACCCGAACAAGAGAUGAAAGUGGGACGUUUGCUGCUAUUUGUGGAUGCAUCAAUCACGAUGAUUGGUCAUUUUCCGAGAUUUUCGAAGUGAAGCGUAUUUCGUCACGAAGAUUCUUUUCGAAAAAGGUCAUUAGAUCUAUGAGAAAAAAGCAUUUACCAGAACGUGGAAAUACAUUAUGCACAGCAUGUUAUAACCAUUUCAAAAACAGAUAUUACGACAGAGAACAUUCAAGUUCAGAUGAGGAAGAAGAUUUGAGUACGGAUGAUAACAAUAUACAGGGUGUCCAAAUGGAAACUGGUGCAGCUGAUAAUGCUACGACUAUUAAUGCUGCCAGAUUGGAAAAACUAAUGGACGAUACAACCUCAGUGCUAAAUGAACUCGACGAAGUUUCUAUCAAUUCGAUAAAUCGCGCUAAACUUGGAACUUUUCUAAAUCUUAUUGCUUCGAAAUUUGUGGCAAAAAAUAUUUACGCUGAUGGAAACACACUUCAAGGAAACUAUAAGAAUCCUGAUUACCUUGCGUCAAUUGAUUCAAAAGAUUACAUAAAGAAUCGAGAUUCUUUACUGCUUGCAUUCAUUUGUGGUGCUGCAAACAUCAAAUUUGAGGAACAAACAAAAAACAGUUUCCUAUUUGCUAUAGUUGUAACGAUUAAAAUGGUAUAUUUCCUAAGAAAUCUCAAUCUUGUGCUUCCUCAUUGUUUUAUGCAAAACUUAGUACAAAGUUUUACUUCCGGCUCCAAAACUGUAACAAACAUGAAUGGCAAGGUAACACCUGGUGCAUCUUACACUACCUAUAAAACAUGGAUAAAUGAACGUGGUGAGAAUCCAAUACAGUGUCCUUCUGGGGACGUGAUUACCUUUUUCGACAAUAUGGGAAAAUACGUCAUCAAAAUAUCGAAAUAGUAAUAUCGAAAGUAAGGAAGAAUUGAAACCUGGGUUUUGGCGUGAUAAAAACAAACCCUCUGACAUUGAAGUUCAAAAAGCGAUGGAUUCUAUACGUAAUAAAAGUAACCAAUAUUUUAAAAUUUAUCACUCUCGCUUUGUGGAACACAUUUUGGAACUUGUGUUGAAUGAAAAUGACGACGUUCAAAAGAUCAUUGAUAUUAAUAAAGGUGAUGCCAGACAAUGUUCAUCCCCCCUUUGUGACCAAACCUACAGCUCAUUGAAAAGAAAAUGUGACAAAUGCGGAAGCCAGGUUGUUAAAAAACCGUCUGAAAAUCCUGUAUACCCCACUUCGCAUCAAGCUGCCACUGCGAAAACCAAAAGCUAUGGAGCAAGUGUCAUUAAAAAUGAUGUGAAAGUGACAGUAGGUGAACCAAUCAUGUUAAACCCAAAUAGUUACACAAACUGCAAAGCUAUACUGGAUGAAAUGAAACCUCGACUGAUUGACGACGAUCGUAAAUGGGCUGUACUGGGCUGUGAUGGACCGCCGUAUUGUUUGACGAGCAGAAUAAUACAAGAUAAUCCGAGCUAUGAUUGGGUAACUGUGGUGACUGGUCUUGGUCAUUUACAUAUGAAUCAACUCAAGUGUUUAUUCAAAGUAGCAGAUCACAUUCUUUUAGAACCACUUGGAAAAGAAGUUCUGGGAUUCUCCACUGACAAAGCGUACAAAUAUUUUGUUAAAGCAAAGGAUACUCCACAAGGCAUAUGACACUCUACGUGUGUUAUUAGAAGGAACAGCAAUGGAAAUGUUUUCAUUAUUUGUAAUCGAGAAUCGUGGAAAUGAGAUCAAUGCCAAUCGAUUUCUGGAAUGGUGUAACAGUAUCGACAACGAAACCUUCCGUCUUAUUUAUCAACUAAUAUUCAAUUUCGCACUCGCUAUUUAUGUUCAAAAAUCUGGCGUUAGAAGAAAUAACUGGGAUAUGAUUGAUGCUGGUCGAAUGAAGUUUUUACCGUUCUUUUACGGGUUCAAUCACCCAAUCUACCACGAAGUAGAAUAUAGAGAUCUGUAUCUUAGAGCGUUGUAUCCACAAGAAAUAACAGAUUUCAUGGAAGUGAAUAGCUGCUACAACCGAUCAAGUCUUGAAUUGAAUUACCAGGGUGGAGAUUUCUGUCUCGAAAACACUAUCAAAAAACACAAAAUGGUUGCACCCAAGGGCGUUGUCUCAAACGGCACAUGGAGGAAAAUAUCCAGAGGAUUGGAUAAAAUCGAUGCUGUACUUGAAAAUGCAUCAAAAAUUUUGGAAACGGGUGAUAAAAGCGAGUAUAAGGAUGCAGAUGUUUACAAUGAAAUAAUAAGAUGGGGAGCAGUUCUGAGAUCAUCCGAUAUGCUUACCAACAAAGAAGAAGAAGGUGUAAUCAAAAAUAUUUUCUCUGAACCAAUACCAUUCGAGUUAGAUGAUAUAACAGUAACCGUGAAAGAAAAGAUGAAAGAAUACUGGACAGAAGCUGCGUCAGGUACACCAUUGCAAAACAUAAGACACCAAAGAUUGUUGGUGCAGUAUGAUUCGGAUGAAGACAGUGAAUAAAUACAAAUGUAUCUUGCAUGAAAACUAGACAAAAUAUACAACAAAAUUUUAUAACUGUUUAUGUUGUUUUCUAAGGGUUUAUAAUCUCUUUUUUAGUAAAGAUUUUGGUCUUGGUAAAGACAUCGGGUUGUGUGGUGGACAGUAAUAUUUCACAGUGCUGUCAAACUUUUCUUCGUCUUUUUCAUUAAUGACUAAACCAAUGCAGUAUGCAUGAACCCAGUAGUCACACUUACGUUUGGCACAAUUAACCCACAAUGAGUUAUACUCAUUAUCGGUUCGACUACCAUAUAUAGUGAGGCAUUUCUGGCAUACAUCUCUGUUAAUUUUUUUCGGGUCAUUCUUUUUUUCUUCUUCUGGAUGAUGGAGUACUUGUGGUCGGAGCUGAUGUAGGAUCCAUAUUAGCAACACUUGAACAGGGAGAAGUAAUAGCGGAAGAUGGUGAAGUUAUUGUUGUGCUUGAUGAAUUUGAAUUGCAACGACUGAACAUUUCUUGGUUCGUUGACCAUCGGCGUGUAACAGGAGGGGUUACAUUAUGGCGUAUUUCAACCAAAACAUCGUCACCAGUGACUGUCUUCAAUUCCUUUAUCUUCCGCUGAAACCCUUUGCUGUGAUUAUAUCGGGCAUUCGCACGUGCUUUUCCAGACUCCAGAUACUUUGUACCUAAAAGUUCAUAGAGGAAAAUGUUAAAUAAACAAUAUAAAUUGGUUACAGAAUCCAAUUUGUCUUCCUUACCUUUUUUUUUAGCUGCGACAUACUUCUUUUUUUUAUUAGCCUCUAAAUUUACUUUGUUAUCAUUCUCAUCAUAUACCUCAAUAUCUUCUACAUCAGACAUAUUUUUAGCUCUAAAAUGUGAGUAUGGUAUGACUUCAAAUAGAUAGAAUACACUAGUUUGAACACAGGUUCAGAGGACAAUUACUGUAAUGACAAUCCAAAAUAUAUAUUCGAUAGAAUGAAAGAGACAUGGAGUUGUUAUAAGCAUUAUAUAUUUAUUAAGCAUGCAUCAAAGCAUGACAUACUCAAUGUAUAUAAUUUGCAUCUUUUCAAAAUGAACAUAACAUGAAUGUACAUAAAUACAUAUGAUAAAUAAGUUCAAAAUGGACAAGAAUCACUUGUGUUUUCUACAAUAACUCUCUCUGUACACCCAUCAUAGUUUUUGGUAAAGUUAUGAAGCUCCCUGACAACGUAGUCAGUUUUCCCCUCCACAACAUCUAAAACGUAGAUACUGGGUAUUAUGACACCUCCACCACGUCGAUCAUAUCCACCACAUUCACUCUUUUCAAAUUUCUGAUCCAGUGGAGGCUUCUUGCUUGGUAUGGGAUCACCCACUGAUUUGCUAAGAAAUAAAACAAAAAGUUCACAUAUAUCUACGAACAAAUGUAGGGAGCAGAUGUGUAUACUUACCAUGUAAUGCUCUUCGUAUAGGGAAGCAAAUCGUGAAACACCUUCCCCAAAUUCGCAGGCAGCUGUCCAACGAGCGAGCCUGCUAUGUCCUUAACUUUUUGUGUAGAAGAACCCCUCUUUGCUGGUCUUGUUAUCGAUUCGUGUAACGAAACGGGAAUGGCACUCAAGUUAGGCAUCCACACACCCAUAGCAUACUUGUCGUACUCGUUCUCUACUGGCUUCACUAACAUAUCUAUGUCUUGAUGUGGUCGUAUUCGAUGUACAUGAUAACCUUUGAUAGUGCUCUCAAUCACCUUCACUUUCAUUUUGGCUAAAAGAAAGAAAAUAUACUGCGAGGAGGGUGUUUACUGUCUGUUUAUUUGAACUAAAGUUAGGAUAGUUUUUCGGAAAGGGGUAUUAUGUCGAAACGUAUGUGUGCGCCACAGUAUAUCUGUACUAAUCACUCAACCUAGUGUUAACGACAAGCUAUUACCUGUAUUUUGAAAGGGUUUGUUUACCUAUACUAAUGACGCACCACAGAUUAAAGUACAUAUAUAUUUUAAGUUUCACCGGGAACAUUUUGUGAAAAAAAAAGGUUUGCUGACUGUUUUCGCUAUGACAUGGCACAAUAUGUAAAUUGUGUUUUUAUUCCAGCUAAAGGUGGAGGAAAUAUAUUUUCUGAAUCUAAAAAUAAUUAAACCUGAAACAGCUUAAAGUUAUGUGUUUCACUCGAUUUACGAUAUACUGCACACCUGUACUAAGGCGCUCCACCUGAAUGUGUGGUACAGUUUACAAUUUGUAUUAACUGUUUCACCAAGCAUUUUACGCCAGGUGACACAGUUACUUUUGGCAUAACCAGCAUUUCUCAAAAGGUUAAUUAACUAGGCUGUGUGCUGUGAAUUCCGAAUUGUAUAUCUUGACCGUUUAGAAAGGAAUGAUAUGAGAAUGGUUAGGUGGAUGUGUAACGCCAGCCUGAGCUAAGAAUCAGGCUAAGUCUCCGUAGAAUUAAAGAUGUUAUCCAGAUAAGAAGAUUGAAUUGGCUGGGGCACUUGGAAAGAAUGGAGGAGGAUAAUUGGGUAAGAAAGUGUAGAGACUUGAUAGUUCCUGGGGCAAAGCCCAGAGGCAGGCCAAGAAAGACUUGGCAGGAGGUUAUAAGGACAGACUUGAUACAGAGGAAGUUGAGUUUAGAUCUAACACAGUCUAGAUCAGAUUGGAAGAGGGUCAUUAAUAUACCCCGUCCUACCCAUGCUACCACGGAAAACGGACGUUAAGCCGAGAAUGAUGAUGAUGAUGAUGUAUAUAAUAUUCACCUGUAAGGUUUUAUAUAUAUAUUUAUGCCCUGUUGGUCUAAUGGCUAUAGCACUCAUGCAAAUGAGAGAUCCAGGUUCAAAUCCUGGACAGGGCUAGGAAAAACAUUAUCUUGCACCUACAACAACCAGGUUUUCAUAAGUAUAGGAUAUUAGCUAUAUUGAAUAUAAUAGGUAAUCUUUAAGUCGUAGAGGGGAGAGUUGCAUACAUUUAUCACUUUCAUUUAUAGAGACCAAAAAUGCUUUGUUUUUUGUAAUAGAUCUAUCACUUUAUAGUAAAAAGUUAAAAAGGCGUUUUUUAAUAAAUUUUUUUUGCCUUUCUCGUGGACUUCUCUGAUUAUUUCUAAUUCUUGACUUUUUAAUGUUGUUGUCAUUGGAACCAAGUUAAUUUUUAAUCUCAGAUUUAUCAAAAAAUGAUAGUUUUUUCGGCGUUAUGACCGAUUGUUUAAAUGCUUGUAUUGGCACAUAAUUCUACUAUCAUGCUUCACUGUAUAUUGACCUGAUAUAAAUUUGAGACCUUUUUGAUGAACUAUUGAAUUUGAAAUAUUUGCACCUCAAUAUGUUCUAUACUCCUGGCCUAAUAUGAUACAAAUCCUAGAGAUAAUGAGUAUACAUAAUCUUUGAGUUGUGGGUAAUUUCUAUUAAGAUACCCGACCCUGCAUUGCCGUUCCCUGGCCUUGCCAGUGCUGACCGUUCCUUUGCCUACUCUUCCUAUGCCUUUUCUGGUGCCUGCCUACUAUGCUCUUGCCUGUGCCUCCGAUGCCUUGCCUACCCCUGCUUUGCUGAUUCCUCUUCCUGUUUCCUUGCCUGCCUUUUCCGUGCCCUUUCCUUGCCGUGCUUAAUGCCUUUGCCUUGGCAACCUCUCCGCAAAACUUUCUAUAUUGAUUUCAUCUAAAUAAACAACAGGUAUAAGAGAGAGCUUUAUUAAUAGUGUUUCCAAUGUUUACAUAGCUAAAAGUACAUAAAAUAGCACCUACGUUGUAUAAGCUGACUCUGUUAAAAGUGUUUUUCGCAUACAUGUAAAUUACGUUUUUCAAUCUGUGUCCUCAACUUAUUAUCAACAACACGAUCCUUCGUAAUCACAGCAAUAAGUUUCUGUCUGCAAGAUGUGUUGUACUCAUCAUUUCCUUGUGGAAUACAAAAUAUUGAGAUGCCAGUAGUUCUUCUCGAAGUAGAGCAACCAAAAAUCGAACAAUUAGCACCAGGCAUAGCAAAUUACAGCAUAAAUGAAAAAUUACUUUAAAAAAAUAUAAGCUUCGCUAAGGUUUCCCGCUUGUUUUUUAAAUUUUGGUGCCCCUAAAAGUAGUCUGGGUACUAGAAAAUGUAGGAACCCGCGUUAUUUGCCGGGAGUAGAGCGCGUUGGCACGAGUCUCCAGACUAUUCUUUUUCUUGUGACUAUGUUUUGGAACAUUCUAUAGAUUUAUUUUUUUUACGAUUAUAUCCUUUUGUUUCAUUUCUUUUAGCUUAUUUCCAAAGACCUAACCGGUUGAGUUCAUCAUUGGGGUCGGUGGCCACCUCUUUGUAAAUUAUUGUCUUUUCUUACAGUGUUGGGGAGUAAAGUUUCUGAUGAGCCGUUACGUAAAAUAGUUUCAAAGUAUUAUUGAAUAUUACUAAUAAAAUUAACAGUAAUGUUAUGAAUAUUGCUUUAUCACAUGUAUAAAUAUGAACAUUGUCUAUCUGCAUAUAUAUACAUAAUUUUAUAAUAAUUUUAUAGUUUUUUUAUACCUUUUCGAAGUCCACCUUUACUUUUUUGUCGCAGUUGGAUUUUGUGUUUCGUAGUGAUAUCUUUAGCUAACGAAAAUGCACAUACACGAAAGUAAAGUUUAACCGUUUCUCAAAAAGAUUUUGACUAAUGUUACUAUCAAUGUCAGUACCACAUCCUGCAAGAAUACCAUCAUAAAAGCUAACAACUUCUGUUUUUUUCAACAAUUGUAAAGUCAUUCUGUUAAUAUCCAUUUCUCAUAAAUGGGCAACAUUGGUAUGGUUUCAAAAAGUAAGUUCGGCUUCCAUAAAUAUUUUCUGGCUCUCCAAUUUAACAGCCGCAAGUCCACCCCGACUUUGUGCUUGAAUCAACUCUUGAUCAGUAGUGUUUUUAGCAAUAGUGUUCUCCAAUAUUUUUAUAACAGUUUGGUUUUCAUGGGAUUUGAAAUUAGGGCUAUUUUUGCUUUCUUCAAAAAUUUUCUUAAGACAUGCCCAGCUACAUAUCAUCCAUCUAAUCCUCAUCCUCCAAUUUCAUCAUUUGUUAUAUUUUUUGGUUUAGUUGCCACAGUGUCAGAAGAUCUUUUAAAGUAUGUGAGCAAUUUGUCAGCUAACUAUGUUGCUAAAAGAGUGCUAUUUGGUUUCCCCAAGUCAGGAAAGUAGAUAUCAAGAUUACUAGGUAUUUUACUGAAAAAACUGGAUCAAAAUUUCUCAGCAUUACCUGCUUCACUCAAAUCACCGUAGAUCUUUCGUACAUCUGUGUAAAGUGCUUGUGUUAACAAAAAUCUGUAACACUCAAUACUUAUUCUUCUGGAUUCAUUGUAGCAUGUCCUUUGAUAAAUAUUAUCGAGAUUCCACAACCAAAUCACUUUUGUGCUGUCUAUUUUGAUUGGGAUAUGCUGCUGUUCAGUGGUAACCUUUUUAUAGAAAUUUGAAUGUUUCCAAGUGCCAGGGCGGGUGAGUCCUCCUUUGUUUUUACAGUCUUUUUACAGUUUUCACAGUCAUCACAUUUAAAAUUACCAGGGGUUGAUACCUACAAACCAAAAAGAUAUUGUUGAUAUUACAUAUUUUUAUGUUGAUUGUUAUUUAUUAUUGGAUAUAUAUAUAAUACCUAACAGGUUGAAUUCAUCAUUGCCAUAGCUAGCCACCUCUUUGUAUAUUAUUUUCUUUUCUUGACAUCUCCAUUUCAUGAUUUUCAUUAGCUGGUUCUCACGGUAACAAUUUUUUGGCAUAAUCUUCAGAAAAUGAACAUCUAUCAAGUAAUGGAAUGUAAAGUAAACAAUAUCGUCACAUAAGUAGGACAAAGAGUUUUAUAACAGUAAUUGUAUUUGAUGACAGGUUUUCUUUCGCUGCAUACAUGACAGCAGUCAUCUUACACUUCCCUGGAUAACAUAGCUUCCAAAAUCAUACUUUAGGACCAAUUAUUUACCAUUUCUUGUAAUUAAAUGUUUCUUGUUAAAAUGCGAAAUAUACUGUGCUGAUAAACGGUACAGGACAACAUUUACGCCAUCAAAGCAAAAAAAGACAGUUUGUUGCUGAUUGUUAUUUAUUUCGGCGAACUUCAUGUUUCAUAAAAAUACUUUAUUAUUUUAUACAUGUGACCCUUGAUAAAUACAAUAUGAACAGAGUUUAGGGGAAAAAUAUCACAGAGCUCCCAAACGGGAAAAACGGACACCAGCACUUAGUCAGUAGUUAAAACUUUAAUUAGUCAGAUUAGUAAGUGUUUUAUGCAAAGGUUGUCAUAACUACUGCUAUCACAUCUUCAGGUUAAAAAUUAUGUACAAAGGUCACUUAAACGUAAAAAAUUCCUUGGUAAGGAAAAUGCAAGUUUUUGAUUUUUAGCUGUUUUUUUUUCCUUCCUUUGCUGAUUUUUCUAGCCUGCUUUCUUUUUCUAUUUCUAUCGCAUUUCUUUUCUUUCUCCAGCCCAUUUGUCUAAAUAAAGUAUAAAAUCGAUUUAAGUACUGAAAUCAUUUAAAAUAGGAAAAUAAAAUUCUGUAUUCUGAGCACUGAAAUGCCAAUUCCAAAAAAAUCUCAAAAUUGCACACAAAAAAACGCAACAGACCAAACCUAGUAUUUCUCCAAAUUGUACAGUUUUAAAGGUUAACCUAUUAAGUGUAUCUGAUGUUAUAUUAAGCACCUGCAGGACAAAUUGUGAAAAAGUGAGGCAAUGCAUUUUUUUUAUUCUUUACUGAUAUUGUGUAUCCUGCCAAAGGAAAGUUUAACUGUCUUGUUGACAGUAACUUUGGAAGAACAAAACCUCUAUGAUUUAACCGUAAAACGUACAGGUUGUGUAUUUCAUUGUGCUUUGCCGCACUAUUCAUAAUCUUCUCUUGGGAAAUUUUAUGAAUGAUAAAGAGCGCAAUUUCAUUCGCAUCAAGAAAGAAAUGUAAAGCUUCUGCCAUAUUAAUAACUAAGGUCUUGUGUAAAUGUAUUAUUAAGUAUCAGUAUAGAAAGUGUUGCGGAGAGGUUGCAAGGCAAAGACAUUAAGCAUGACAAGGAAAGGGCACGGCAAAAGUAUGCAAGGUAACAGGAAGAGGAAUCAGCAGGGCAGGGGUAGGCAAGGCAAGGCAAGGCAUUGGAGGCACCAAAAAGGCAUGGGAAGGGUAAGCUAAGGCAAAAGGAAAAGCAAUAAGUACGCAAGGGUAGGCAAGGCGCUCAUCUACCCACAAUCCCUGCCCGUUGCGACCCAACACUGCUUAAGCCGGCCUUUCUCGGCGAACUCCUGAUUUUACCUAACCUUUGUGAUCCUACAUAUUCAUAACUAAUUUCUUGUGUUUAUUAUUUUUAGAUUGCAGCCGUUAGCUCACUUUUUGAAAUGUUAUUAUUUUUCAUGUUUCUUGCAGAUUACCGUGAAAAAGGCACAAAGAUAUAUCUUGUUCGCUUGGUUUAUUUAUAAAUAUAAAUUUAUAAAUUAGUGAUAUUUCUAGUAGCUUAGUUGAUAAACAUAUUUUUUCAGAAAGUAACGAAAAGCUGAUAUAUAUUCUAGUUGUCGUUUAUUAGGUACUAGCCUUGUUAUUUUUUGUCAGAAGUGCAUUAAUUUCCCUAGAAAGGCUUUUGUGCAAAAUAUAUUUUGUAAAAUAAAUUUUGCAUUUUUCCUUUUUCCGAUUGAUUUUGUUUACUUUUACUAAAAACAUGUACUUUGGCAUAUUUUUUGUCAAGCACGUGGCGAUUUUUCAAAAAAUUGACGUAAUAGCCGAUACCUCCCAGUUUGAAUGCCGAGAGGCUUUUGUUUGUUUUAAUUUCCUUUGGUGUUUGAUUUUUUAUUAUCUAUUUUCAUUUAAAAUAAUGCUUGCUUUUAAAAUUUUUGUGGAUAUGACAAUAAUCCGCUUUCUUGCUUGCCUUGCAUUUGCUUUUUCCAAGAUAUCCAGUUUCUACCAGGGAUGAGUGUUAAAAAUGCAAAGGUUUCAUGUUAAUCUACAUUUUCAAAGGAAUAUGAUUUUGCAAUUUAUAUUAUAAACAAUUAGUACUAUAGUACAAAUAAAAUAUAUCUAAAUCUAAUUACUGCAAGCACAUCCGGGAGGGGGGAAGUCAAAUUUUUGCUGAGUCAGCACAUUUCUAACGUAAACAACCCCUAAAUGCCUAAAUAUUAGCAAAAUUAAAAAAACAAUAUGGUCUUAUACAGCGACCUCUUUCUCUACCUCUGCCUCGACCCCUACCACCACCUUGACCCUUGAACUCUUUCACUCCAUUAUGGAAGGUCCUAACACAAAUUUUGAAAAUUUAAAAAAGAUAUCUCACUUAGUUCUGCAUCUGGUGACGUUUUGGUGGAGUGACCGUCAUCUGUCCACUCGACUCCACCUUCCUUUAUCCACCGGAUCGACAACGGUCAUUUCAAAACAACCAUCUAGACCACAAAAUAAAGCACGUACGACCGCUAGCUUUAAAAACACUUUAAGCCCACAAUGCAUAACGAAUAGCU